GAUGGUAAUAUUGAGUGAUUAAAACGUGCUAGCUUAUUUGAUCUUGAAAUUUAAAAAUGGCUGCUUGACAACAAAAACAUUCCAUAAACAAAAGUUACAAUAAUUGAAUAAACAAUAGUCUAUUACUUAUUUUGAAAGACUGAGAAUGCCUAGUGCUGGUGCUCUCCCUGCACCUUUUAUUACUCCAAUACAUCGUGACUGCCAUGGCUUACAGUUGCCUGUUAACAAGAUAGAUACUUCUACUUUAAUUGAAUUAAGUACAGAUGUUCCAAACUGUAAAAUUUACUUCACUACUGAUGGAAGUAAGCCAUUACCAUUUCAAAGAAAAAUUGGUGGAAAAGAAAAGACUUUCAAAUACUUUGCUCCAUUUUUAUUAAAAGGAGGGAAAAGAACUUUAAAAGCUGUUGCAGUGUCGAGGGAUGGUCUCUUGGAGAGUGCAGUGGUAUCAAAAGACUUUAACGUUGUAGAUCUAAACAAUUCUGGAGUCCCUGAUGGGUAUGACAGUUCAACUAGUGGUGCUACCCUACAAUCAUUUUUGAAUGAAUCAUCAGAUGAAUAUAUACCUAAACCUGGGAAAGUAUCAGGAAUGCCCAGGAGACAUUCUCCAAAAAGAUCUCAAAGGAAAGCACCAAAAGAAGCGUGGGGUAGUUAUAGCUUUCAGGACCCUGCAGCAACUGGAGCUUCCAAUGAAAGUAACUAUCCGCCAAUACCAGAUGGACCUUUUAACCCUACUAACUACUCUGGGACUCAAAUCAAUGUUUGGGGAGCACCGCCAGGCACUUGGCCUAACAUGAAUGCUAACAAUGGAAUGGUAACUUUUGGUAAUGGACCACCAGCUCCACCCUACCCAGUGCAGUAUGGAUUCUUAACAGAGCAAAUGAUAAAUGGGCUGAAACCAAAAGAGGAACCCAAAAAACAGGAUAGCCUUACACUUGGAGAUAUAAGAAAACUUAUGGAAGAAACCAGACCUAAGCCAACUCCUCCUGCCAUAGAGUACAAGCCUGUCUGGAAAGAUCCACCUUUAAAUGCUAUCAGUCCAGGAAAUGAUGAUUACCAAGGAAACAUUCUACACAUCUAUGCCCAUAUGUUGGAUAUGGCUAAAAGCAAAGUUCAUUUUAAAAAGAAUAUUGGAGAGUAUAAAAUGGGGAAGAUUUUAGAAGCUAAAGUGGAAGAUGAAGGAGAUGGUUAUAGACUCAAUUUAGUUCUAGAAAAGCCUGGAACACAAAGAGGCUUAAACAAAAAAUCUGCCAAAGUAAAUGUGCCAAAAAAACCUGUGAAAGAGACCAAACCUGCAUCUCCCCCUCCUGCUCCACCCAAACAGGUAGAGCCACCUAAACCGGUGGAGCCACCAAAACCUGUGGACCCACCAAAACCCAAAAAAGCAGAUCCAUACUUUGAAAAAGAAAUUGAAAAUAUCCCAUGUGAAGGGACACUUAAACCAUUUGAACCUUUUAAUGCUGAAGCUGAUGCAGAAGUGUUGAGGAAUGCAAUGAAAGGCCUUGGAACUGAUGAAGAUGCACUGACCAAUGUGUUGGCAUACAGAUCUAGCCCACAGAGAGCACAGAUUGUGGCUGCCUAUAAAACUAUGUUUGGCAAGGAUUUAGUUAGUGACAUAAAAAGUGAAACUAGUGGAAACUUCUGUGAGGCUCUGAAAGGUUUAUUAUUAAAACCAGCAGAAUUUGAUGCACAAAUGUUAAGAAGUGCUAUCAAGGGCUUAGGUACAGAUGAAGAUGUAUUAAUAGAAAUACUGUGCACUCGCUCCAAUGCCCAAAUUCAAGAAAUUAAGAAAACCUACAAAGAAAAGUUUAAUAAAGAUUUGGAAGCAGAUAUCAUUGGUGAUACCUCAGGUCAUUUCAAAAAGUUGCUGGUUUCACUUCUGCAAGCAAAUAGGUCAGACAGUAAGGAGGUUGACAGAAAUAUGGCUAAUGCUGAUGCAAAGGCUCUAUAUCAAGCAGGAGAACAGAAAUGGGGAACUGAUGAGUCACAGUUUAAUAAAAUCCUGGCGUCAAGAAGUUUUCCUCAAAUCAGAGCCACUCUGGAAGAAUAUCAAAAGAUAUCCAAGAAAGAUUUUGAAGAAGUGAUAAAGAGUGAAUUUUCAGGAGACAUACUCAGUGGCUUGAAAUCAAUUGUCAGAUGUGUAAGAAAUAGAUUCCAAUACUUUGCCAGACAGUUGGAGAAGACAAUGUCUGGGUUAGGAACUGAUGACAGCAGCCUUAUUCGCAUCAUCAUUAGUCGCUGUGAGAUUGACCUUGUUCAAAUCAAGGAAGAGUUCAGGAAGGCCACUGGAAAAACACUGGAAGAAUUUAUUGUAGGCGACACAUCAGGGGAUUAUCAGAGAUUGAUGCUGGCAUUGGUUUCUGGUGGACCACCUCCAAAAGCUAAAUCUGGGAAAGCCUUUGUAGAGUCUGUCAAGAAUAAAACAGAUGAACAAUUAGAUGAGGAAGUGAAGCUGGAAAAUGAGCCUAAAAAAGAAGACCCAACUUUAUUACCCUUCCCUGGAUUUAAUGCAGAACAAGAUUGUGAAGUACUGAGAAAAGCUAUGAAGGGAUUGGGCACUGAUGAAAAAGCUAUAAUUGGAGUGUUGGCUUAUAGAUCAAUGGAACAAAGGCAAAAAAUAGCUCUCACCUACAAGACUCAAUUUGGCAAAGAUUUGGCUGCAGAAUUGUCCAGUGAAUUGAGUGGCAACUUUAAAACUCUUUGUGUAGAUAUGCUUUUGGGACCAGCUGAGUUUGAUGCAAAACAGUUAAACAGAGCAAUAAAGGGCUUAGGCACUGAUGAAAAAGUUCUUGUGGAGAUCAUAUGUACUCGUUCAAAUGCACAACUUAAUAAUAUCAAGGCUUCUUAUAAAACAAUGUUUAACAAAGAGCUGGAACAAGAUAUUGCUGGAGAUACAUCAGGUCACUUCAAACGUUUGCUCAUUGGAUGUCUUCAGGCUAACAGACCAGAGGGAACUGAGUUUAACAGGGUCAUGGCCAAACAAGAUGCUCAGGCGUUGCUGGAUGCUGGUGAGAAAAAAUGGGGAACUGAUGAGUCAAGGUUUCAUACUGUCCUUGUGUCUAGGAGUUAUGCACAGCUGAGGGCCACAUUCCAGGAGUAUGCCAAAUUGGCCAACAAAGAUAUUGAAGACAGUAUCAAAUCUGAAAUGAGUGGUGAUCUUAAAAAUGGCAUGUUGGCUAUUGUUCAAGUAAUUAGAAACAAAUCAGCAUAUUUUGCAUCAGAGCUUCACCGUGCUAUGAAAGGACUUGGUACUGAUGACAACACAUUGGUGCGCAUUGUUGCCUCCAGAUGUGAAGUGGACAUGGUUCAAAUCAAAGAAGAGUUCCAAAAAGCCUAUAAGCAAACACUGGCCAUGUUUAUACAAGAUGACACAUCAGGUGAUUACCGCACAAUGCUGCUGACACUUAUAGGUGAACCUCCUGCUAAGAAAUAAAUAUUUCCAGGCCAUAAUAUUUCAUGUCUCAAAACUAUAUUUACUAGAGAGCUUUAAGUAUAAGAUCAAAAAUCUUUUUGUUAGUUUUCUAAUGUUCAUGCUAAAGAAAAUUGUAAAUUGUAGGAUUUUUAUUAAUUUUAUAUUGUUAAACUGAUAUAAAUAUUUUUGUAUAAUUAUUGUUUUUUUUUUUUAAAUUUUAUGUACAUAUAUCAUGUGCAUUUUGUUAUUCUAUACAUAGAGGAAUCCUGAUUAACCCACACCGUCCUGUGAUAACAAUUUGCUUUUUUUUUUGCCUAUUACUUUGGCAUAUUAAUUUUACUUCAUUUCUAAACACACAUGUUUAUUAUUAUUAUAGUACAAGAUGCUAGUAAAGUCUGAGAAAUUUUAUUAUCUUUAAAAUGUUGAAGACAAAAAAUUUGGUGACUAUAGCAACAUAAAAUCUUUUUCAAUUCUUUCAAAAUAUAAGGUCUUUGAAAAAGUUUCUGAUAAACAUUGGAAUUUCAAAAAGGUAAAAGCUAAGGUGUAAAAAUAAAACAAAACAAUUUAAAGUAAUUUCUAAUAUAAUUUUAACUUUAAAAUUUCAAUACUAAUUACAUAUGAUACUUGCAUUAUAUAAUUCAACCAAAAACUUAAAAAAAAAAAAAAAAAAAAAAAAAAUUCAAUGUUCACAUUUAUUUCCUCAAUAACUAGAAAUCAUUAACCUUUGCACUAUUUCAUUUGUUAUGACAGAUAUUUUAUAAUUAGUUUUUUUUAUUUCUAUUGAUAUGAUUUCACAACUUUUUUUUUAAUGUGUAAUACCAAAAAAAAAAUAUUAUAUAUAUAUAUAUAUAUAUAUAUAUAUAUAUAUAUAUAUAUAUAUAUAUAUAUAUA